GCUCGGUGCAGCCCUCGAGUCUCUGGGUACGCUCGGCAUCAGUCUUUCCCCAUCCAAAGUGCUGCUUGCUUUGCGUGGGCUCGGUCAGCUUAUCGAACUUCCCACCAAACGCACCGCAGAACGCGUCUUUCCUUAUUCCUUUCAUUGACUUCACUUGCAGCCCUUUCCUUUCCUCUACUCUACCCUCCUCUCUUCUUCCCAACUUCGAUAUCCUCCAUCCUCGGUGAUUCGAGUUUCAGCUGCAAGCCACACGCGCUCGUUCCGCCACAUCACCUCCCGGGUCUCGAUUCGUUUCGUGCACUCACCGGUCCGAGACUUAAUCCUCGAUGUCUGGCCUACCUGGUUCAUCUUCCUCUGCGAUGGCGGGCGGACAGAAUCCACAUCCUAUGUUGGAGAACAAGGAGGAUAAGAACAGCGUAGUCAUCAAAGUUGGGAUGGUUGGGGAUUCGCAGAUUGGCAAGACGAGUCUUAUGGUUAAGUACGUGGAAGGCAGUUUUGACGAGGACUAUAUUCAAACGCUGGGCGUUAAUUUCAUGGAGAAGACGAUAUCCGUCCGGCGGACAACCAUCACGUUUUCUAUCUGGGACCUGGGUGGACAGCGCGAGUUCGUCAAUAUGCUCCCGCUCGUCUGUAAUGACGCAGUUGCUAUCCUAUUCAUGUUCGAUCUUUCGAGAAAAUCAACGUUGAACUCUGUCAAGGAGUGGUACCGUCAAGCACGGGGCUUCAACAAGACUGCCAUACCAUUCUUGAUUGGAACCAAGUUUGACACUUUUGCAACGUUCCCGCGUGACGAGCAGGAGGAAAUUACGAAACAGGCGAAGCGCUUCGCUCGCGCCAUGCACGCUUCCCUCAUCUUCUGCUCAAGCUCGGCGUCAAUAAACGUUCAGAAGAUAUUCAAGAUCGUACUCGCGAAAGCCUUCGACCUGAAGUGCGUGAUACCAGAGAUUGAAGGCGUCGGAGAGCCCGUACUCCUAUACGUGGAUGUGUAACAUAUGUAUCGAAUUUUUAAACGGGCACCGGUAUGGAAAGAUUGGUAAAGCACAGAAACAGACCGAAUACAUUGGACCGGAUAUUGUGCCCAGGUUCGCAAAAUCAACCUCCACAACACGUGUCAAACACGUUUCCCCAAACACUUUGCCCACUGGACACUUGGAUUUAGAUGACUUCCGGCCCGUUUUCAUGGCACCACGGACUUCAACCUGGCUGCUUCUCAUCCUACCGCUUCUACUUUACCCGCAAGAUUUUCGAAUUCCCUUUCCUACAUACCUCUGACUAAUCCACACCCUCCUUCUGCUAGUCCUUGUCGUCAUGUUGUCACAUACGUUUUGAUGCAGUCAUCCCUGUCUUCGCUCCCCGUCGCCGUCCUUCCGCCCGCAUCUAUUCGUACAUUCAAUCAGCGCACAUAUCAAGUUGUUCUGCCCUUUGAAAGCAUUCCUCCCCGCGCUCGUUAUUGUCUCUUCCUUUGGAGGUGGUUGUGUAUUUUUACCAUGAUAUAUCUCACCAACACAUGUCCUAAUGCUUUCACUACGGUAAUCAUUAUUUCU